AUGUAUUCUAUCGAAUCCAUCUCGCAUAUCGUCGCUCAAGAGCACGAGAAGGGCAUUGAGAAAGUCUUGCUCAGUGCAUUCAGCCAAGGAGCGUGCAUGUUCUUGGUCAUGGGCGUAACCCUCGACGAUCUGCACAUAGCAGGAAUCAUGAUGCUCAGUGAGAAGAUCUUACUUGCUGAUAAGCUAACGGAAGCAAGAAUCAUUAUCGGUACCACCCCGACAACGAAGUAUAUACUAAUAUUCAUCGCUCAUGGAACUGACGACGACGUGCUGACCCUCGAUGCGAAUAGAGACACUUAUCUGGUGAAUACAGCUGCCUGGGGUUUCUUUAAUAAGAGCAAAGGCACAUUACCUUGGGACCUCACGGUCAUAAACCCACCGAAUCUCCCGCUCUUCUUUCCUUUUUAUUUUUUCCACACACACCAAACACAUCAUCCGUUCAUCAACGAAGUCCCGAACCCCCAAUCCCUCGGAUACGCGGUCAACGAAUGGUAUAACGUCGUUGUCCGUGGGGACAUGAGUGCCGAAGACAUCGCAUCCGGAGGGCACUGCUGGGUCCACGUGCGUGAUUUCACGGAGGCGCACAUCAGGACGUUGUUCGUAGAUGCUGCGAGGGGCGAGAGGAUGGUCGUGUCUGCGGGUCCGUAUGUAUGGCAGGAUUGGCGUGAGUGUUUCAUCUCUUUCCUUUCUGCACAUCGGAGACUUACGUGUGUGCGAAAGUGGAUGCUGCAAACACUUUGGCUAUGCGGUCACGUAGGUGUGCCGGGUGUUGCAGUGGGGCCUAAGUAUCUGAUGAAUUAUGAUACGGGAAAGCAAGAGAGGAUAUUUGGGCUGGGUUUUAGAACGAAGGCGGAUACUGCGAGGGAUGUCUUGAACUAG